UUCGAGGCAACCGAGGAACACCAUCUUCAGAACAAAAGAGAAACAUACAUAUGCAGCAUAUGCAGUUGGAAAAUGUGUAGGUCUGCGAGUCUUCAGACCGACCUACCUAGAGUUUGACCAGGACCAGGGGAGGCGAGUCGAAUCAAGGAGGCGCGGCGCCUAAAUCGGUAGUUCGUCUGUAGACAUGGGUCGAUGCGGUUAUUUUGCGACACAGGACAAUGACCGACAGCUCAGCGGCACGGUACGAGGUGCGUUGAGCCUAUUUCGAUCGCAAGGUUACAUUUUUACAUUGCCCACCGAGCGCAUUGGGAUUGGUAGCGGGAAUGCAAUGUGGUGUGUACUGUACUUUAUAUUGCCUUUGUUGGGACAAGAUCCUGCGGGACUGCUCUCACAGAUGGCGCAAUGAUCUGCGGAUACCUGCUCGACGAGGCAGGCAUUGUUCGAGAAUAGUUGGUUCAUCCCCAAAUUGAGGACUGUACAGUAGAGUACCUGUCCAUGCUGCCUGGCUGUGCUCAUCAGGCAGGGAGAGGAAUAAUAAUAUGAUGAAGAGAAGCGUCGCACAGGAUG